AUGCAAUCGACUGAGCAGCAAACCGACGAAAUGGACUCUCUCGUGAACAGCUUGGGGGCUCGUUGUUACAUCCGCACGCCGCCGGAAGGUGUAAAAUCGCGAAGUCGUCCAUCGAGCGGCAACGAGGGCAAUCCAAUGCGUCAACGGAGCGUCUUUACAGCUGGAAAGACAAAAUUUAACGUUUCCGCUCCGCCAUUUGAGUACAAAUCGAAUUCCUGCACGCAAGGAACGUCUCCCGACAGCGCAAUUCGGGCUCUGGACUUGAAACAUCGCGACAUUCCCAUUUCCUUGAUUGGUCCGACGCAACUUCCCGUCAAUAGUCGCAUCUGGAAUAGCAUUGCAGCGCGUCCUUCGCGUUCGGUGGAUGAUAUGAGAAAAUCAACUAAAAAUGAUUUUUUUCAGCAUCAAUCGCCUUGCGCUUCGCCAAAUUACCAUCUUGGAGGCUCCGUAAGUGCACGAAAUCUGGAUUGUUCGUCGCCACGCCCCUUUGGACCUGUCGCAAUGCCAAAUGGAACGAUCCAAAUUCGACUCCGGGAUGGAAUUCGCAUAGAUAUGACCGUGGAUCGGGCAAUUCGAGUCAUAAAUUCGAAGGAAAAGAUCAUAAUUGCGAUGUCGGGGAAUGCGACGUCUGUUGCUUUGACUCAUCCGAACGGGCAGGUGUUCCAGCAUGGAGGUUUGGUUGAAAUUGUCGGGUAUGACGGCAUGAAACGGAACAAUUUUGUAAGAUUCGCAAAAAUGUGGCAAAAAGGUAUCAGUCUCACCGCGGAGGGAUGCGCUUUAAUUUAUUUAGUUGACGCAGCGGGAACUCGAACCACUUCGGAUGCCAUCAGCUUCGACACAAAUCGUGAUUAUACGCUUCCUGUCUUCCUUUCCGGGUCGCAUCAAGGUCCAAAUUACGUACGAGAAGCCGUCAAUAUUGUCGAUAACACGUCCUUUUGGUUGAACGAUGACUCGUCGGAGACUUUUGAGAUCAACGGGUAUCGCAUCACGCAAACAACUGACGGGCUGGUGCGAGUUACACGCGCCAACAAUAAAUGCAUCAUCCGUACAAGUCCCAAUAAUGGGUCGGCAACUGUCACGUCGAUGUUUAUUCAUUGCACGGCAUCGUUGGGACAAACUUCGCAUUUGUUUGUGCGUCGCGGCGAACGUCGCAUGCAUUUUGAUGGCACGUCAUUCGUUGUUCGCAAUGCUGGACAUUCCGCUGGAUUUGAUGAGCAUAAUCGUUUGCGCGUGUAUUGA